UUUGACAAGCCACUCAAAUCGUCAGAUGUUCUUAGCUAGUUUAACAUGCCUGAAAAGUACAAGAUGGUUGUGGUGUCAAAACAGUCAAACUGAACUUUGGAAAGUAAAAAAAGGAAGCACAGGGUAACCCAGCUUGGACGAGGGGACGCUGUAUUGUUUAUUACUCCUAAAAGUUGUGGCGGUGAGGCGUAGACAUGGACACCAGCACUUCUCAGGCCAUCCAGAGCCUGUUCAGCUACGUGGAGGAGGACAACGUGCCAGCCAUCAAAGCCCACCUGGACAAGUUCAAGGAGGUGGACAGCAGGAGCGAGAAUGGUCAGACUCUCCUCAUGAUGGCAUCAGAACAGGGCAGCCUAGAGAUGGUCCAGGAGCUCCUCAGGAGGGGAGCCAAUGUCAACCUGGAUGAUGUGGACUGCUGGACGGCGCUGAUCUCGGCGGCUAAGGAGGGCCAUGUGGAGGUGGUGAAGGAGCUGCUGGCCAACAAUGCCAGCCUGGAGCACCGGGACAUGGGGGGAUGGAGCGCCCUCAUGUGGGCUUCCUAUAAGGGUCGUGUGGAGGUGGCCCAGCUGCUGCUGGAGAAAGGAGCUAGCCCCAACAUCACUGGCCAGUACAGUGUGUUCCCUGUCAUCUGGGCAGCCGGACGAGGCCAUGCUGAGAUCGUCCAUCUCCUCAUUAAGCAUGGCGCUAAAGUCAACUGCUCUGACAAGUAUGGCACUACCCCGUUGAUCUGGGCAGCCAGGAAGGGCCACUUUGACAGUGUGAUGCACCUGCUGGUCAAUGGGGCUGAUGUGGACCAGGAGGGAGCGAAUUCCAUGACAGCUCUAAUCGUGGCGGUGCGGGGUGGUUUCAAUGAGGUGGUGAAGGAGCUUCUGAAGAGGAACCCCAAUGUCAACAUGACAGACAAGGACGGCAACACAGCCCUGAUGAUCGCUGCCAAGGAGGGCUAUACUGAGAUAGUACAGGACCUGCUGGAUGCUGGCACCUACGUCAACAUACCAGACAGGAGUGGGGAGACGGUGCUGAUUGGAGCAGUGCGAGGAGGACAUGUGGAGAUCGUCAGAGCCCUUCUGAACAAAUAUGCCGACAUUGACGUCAGGGGACAGGACAGUAAGACUGCUCUCUACUGGGCGGUAGAGAAAGGGAACUGCACCAUGGUGAGAGACAUCCUUCAGUGCAACCCGGACACUGAGAGUUGCACCAAGGAUUCAGAGACCCCUCUGAUCAAAGACAAGAUGAGGAACAUUGAGAUAGUAGAGCUGCUCCUGCACAGAGGGGCCAAGGUGGCUGCUGUUGACAGGUACUGAGAAACACCUCUCUCUCACUCUGUCUCUCUCUCUCUCUCUCUCUCUCUCGCUCUCUUUCUCUCUCCCUCCCUGUUCCGUUCUCGCUCUCUCUCCCUCCCCGUUCCCUUCUCUCUCCCUCCCCCUCUCUCUCCCUCUCCCUAUCUGUCAGAGCACCUGUCUCCUUCUGAGUCUGACGGUGACAUGCUGGGGUAUGAUCUGUACAGCAGUGCCCUAGCAGACAUCCUCAGUGAGCCCACCAUGCAGCCUCCUAUCUGUGUGGGCCUGUACGCCCAGUGGGGCAGCGGCAAGUCCUUCCUGCUCAAGAAACUGGAGGAUGAGAUGAAGAAUUUUGCAGGCCAGCAGAUUGAACCUCUGUUCCAGUUCUCCUGGCUGGUGGUUUUCCUCACGCUGCUGCUGUGUGGCUCUGUAGCUCUGGUCCUGGGAUUCACAGUCACCCACCGCCUGGCCAUUGCCGUCUCCCUCAGCCUCCUCGCCCUGCUCUACGUCUUCUUUGUGUUGGUGUACUAUGGGGGUCAUCGUGAGGGGGAGAACUGGAACUGGGCGUGGGUCCUCAGUACCCGUCUGGCCCGUCAGGUGGGCUACCUGGAGCUGCUUCUUAAACUCAUGUUCGUCAACCCCCCCGAGCUGCCUGAGCAGACCACCCGCGCCCUGCCUGUCAGGUUCCUGUUCACAGACUACAACCGUCUGUCCAGUGUGGGAGGAGAGACGUCUAUGGCAGAGAUGAUAGCCACUCUGUCUGACGCCUGUGAGAGGGAAUUUGGCUUCAUGGCCACCCGCCUCUUCAGGGUGUUCAAGAACGAGGAGAACCAAGGUAAGAAGUGGAAGAAGACUUGCUGCGUGCCCAGUUUCAUGCUGUUUGUCGUGACUCUGGGCUGCCUGAUCACAGCCAUGGCGCUGCUGGCCAUCUUCAAGGUGCAGCAUGACAACCUGACGGUGAACGCGGUGCUGAUUGCCAUGGCCAGCGUGGUGGGCCUGGCCCUCCUGUUGAACUGCAGGACUUGGUGGCAGGUGGCUGACUCCGUCCUCAACUCUCAGAGGAAGAGGCUGCACAGUGCUGCCAACAAGAUGCACAAGCUCAAGAGCGAGGGCUUCAUGAAGGUGUUGAAGCAGGAGGUGGAGCUGAUGUCAAAGAUGGCCAAGACCAUCGACGGUUUCACCCAGAACCAGACCCGCAUGACGGUCAUCAUCGACGGCCUGGACGCUUGCGAGCAGGACAAAGUGCUGCAGAUGCUCGACACGGUGAGAGUGCUGUUCUCCAAAGGCCCCUUCAUCUCUAUUUUUGCCAGUGACCCCCACAUCAUCAUCAAGGCCAUCAACCAGAACCUGAACAGCGUGCUCAGGGACUCCAACAUCAACGGCCACGACUACAUGAGGAACAUCGUCCACCUGCCUGUCUUUCUCAACAGCCGAAGUCUUAGCACCACCAGGAAGCUGUGCAUGGCCGCCCCCACUCCCAACGGAGACCUGGUCAACCCUGAGGGAUGGCAUGAGGAGAUGGACAGGAAGCUAUCCUCGAACAGUCUGGGGGAUCAGGCCAAGUUUGGCAGCAAGACGGCCCUCAACCGCAGAGACACAUACCGCAGGAGGCAGAUUCAGAGGACCGUCACCAGACAGAUGUCCUUUGACCUGACCAAGCUGCUGGUCACCGAGGACUGGUUCAGUGACAUCAGCCCCCAGACCAUGAGGAGGCUGCUCAACAUCGUGUCUGUCACAGGUCGUCUGCUGAGGGCCAAUCAUAUCAUCUUUAACUGGGACCGUCUGGCGUCAUGGAUCAACAUGACGGAGGAGUGGCCUUACAGGACCUCCUGGCUCAUCCUCUUCCUGGAGGAGACCGACGGCAUCUCAGACCAGGUCACCCUGAAGACCAUCUACGAGAGAAUCUCCAAAAACAUCCCCACCACCAAAGACGUGGAGCCCCUGUUGGAGAUCGACGGGGACAUCCGAAGCUUCGAGGUGUUCCUGUCCUCGCGGGCACCCGUUCUCACGGCGCGCGACGUGGAGAUGUUCCUUCCCUGCACCGUCAACCUGGACCCCAAACUCCGGGAGAUCAUUGCAGAUGUCUGUGCUGCCAGGGAGCAGAUGCACAUUGGAGGAGUGGCCUAUCCCACGCUGCCCCUGCAGGACGUGCCAGCCCGCGCCCCCUCCUCUUUCGGCCAGCACUCGGCUGCCUGCUCCCCCACAGGCUCCUACGUUGGUUCCCUGCCCCCCCCAGGGCUUGUGCCCCCCCAGCCCCACAGCAGUUACUACAGCAUGCCUGCCCCCCAGCACCCCUUCUACACCCGGGAUUCUGCCUCUGGGGUACCGGGAACCCCUGUGGUACUCCUCAGCUCUCUGAACACGGACGCAGUGUGUGAGCGCGUCAAACAGAUCGCCGGCAUGGACUCUAGCAUGCUGGGCCAGUAUACCGCCACUAUCAAGAAGGCCAAUGUGAAUGGCCGGGUGCUGUCUCAGUGCAACCUGGAAGAGCUGAAGAAUGAGAUGAACAUGAACUUUGGGGACUGGCAGCUCUUCAGAGGGAUGGUGAUGGAACAGCGUAAUGUGGAGGGCCAGGCCCUGCAGGAUGAGUCACGUGCAGCCAUUGAGCAGGGCAGCAGCGUGGUCAACAUGGAGACGGCCAGGCACCAGGGCCAGGGAGCUCCCCAUGAGGUGGGUGACUACAUCUUGAACCUCAGCUUCGAGGAGCUCAGUAACAUGGGCUUGAGCCUGGAGGAACCCACCCAGACACACAGAGAGACUACACAGCACUGGCCCAUGACGGCCACCCACCAUACCCCGAGUAUGUCCAGCCUCAACUUCCAGGAGUCAUCCAACGACAUCUGCAAGCUUACGGACAAGCAGCAGGCAGAGUACCGCGAUGCCUACCGUGAGUACAUCGCCCAGAUGACCCAGCUAGACGUGGCCGGAGGCGGGGGAGAGAAGUCUGUCCAGCCCCACCUGGGCCAGUUCCUCCAAUUCCGAGAUGCCAGAAACCCAGAGGAGAAUGCCAAAGACGGGUCCGAGAAGGAUGGCCGUAAGCCCUCUUUCCCUACCAAGAGAGGUGCUAAAGCCACGGACGUGGUUGACACUGAUGUGCCCCUGGACCCCAUCAGCGAAGAGGAUGAGAAGCUUGACGCCUCUAAAGCAGGCAGUUCCAAGGUAAAGGGACCAGGGCCUCGCUACCACAAGGUUCCCAGCAACGAGGAGGAGGGGUCUGGGCCGGAGGAAUCAGAAAACACCCCUCUGCUCAACAAAGGGGGUGCCCAAGCGCCCAGCAACAUCGCCCUAAACAAGAAGGACUCGUCCGACUCGGGUGUGAGGUCUGGCGAGAGCUCCUCAGACCACUCCCUGGAGGAAGUGUUAGUGGAAGCAGAAGAGGAAGGGGUUAAUAAAUUGGAACUGGAGGGUCUGGUCAAGAAGAGGGGCCUGCUGCCCAGCAGUCUGAGCGGCCUUCAGGAUUCCACUAUCACCCGCAUGUCCAUCUGCUCUGAGGCCCCGUCCGAGGGCAGCCCAAUGGCCUCCAGUCCCGACGAAACCUGGUUCCGCUCCAGCUCCUCCGUGAGCAACCUCAACCGCACCCCCAGCACCACAACGCUCAACAACAACAGAAACAGCAGCAACAACGCUGCCACCACCAACACUAGCCAAGACAACCAAGACACAGAGAGCUCCACCCCAGUCCUCAUCACCCCAGGCUCCAGCACCGGCUCUACCUCCACCACGAGGCCCGUCCACAACCAGAACCUGUGUGGGAUCAUCCAUAAGAGGCCGCUGGGCACCGGCGAGACCCUCAAAGGCUGCACAGGGGCCCCUGACGCUAUUGUCUUGGAGGACGAGAGAGAGAGUGUCCUGUGAGAGGGGCCCGGGCCUUUUUGGAGGAGGUACCAUAGAUGUUUGAUGUUGUGAUGUGCUACAAAAAUAAAUGCCUUUUACCAAUCCUGUGUUACAUUGAUAUGGAUGGCAAUCAAAACAGGCCUAUUAAUCUGUGACUUCGUUUAAAAAAUAUUUGAGAGAAGAAGUUGAUAUGCGGAUCAGUAAACAUCAAUUUACAUGAAGAGAAUCACAUUUUUUUCCAACCUUAGAAAUAUUAAAUCAUUUGGGUUGAAGAAAUUCAAUGUCCUGAAUAGAUUUUGUGAAAUCAUUUGAAAGUUAAUGACGAUGACAUCAGACUAAAAUGGAAUAUACGUCAAAUUGAAAUGGCCCUCUAAUUCAAUUAAGUGUGCUGUCAUGUUCACUUUAGCUGUUACUAAAUAACGGUAGUGAAUUGUUAAAUAAUGGUAGUGAAUUGUUAAAUAAUGGUAGUGAAUUGUUGGAUAAUGGUAGUGAAUUAUGGAGUUGUGUGUAUGAAUGUUGUGUUGUGGUGGUGACAUUACAGUACAGUGGUGUGUAUUGGUGCAAUGUGUUCUGUACUUUGUGAUUGGUUACUGAAAUCUGAGUUGGCUUUAUGUGCUUGAAAACAAAAUAAGUUUUCCUAAUUUCUAGUUAUCAAGUACCUGUUAAUUUAUGUGGCUGUGGUUUGGCGUUCUGACUGAAAGGUCUAUUUCCCCAAGAAUAUACUGAUAUUUUGUGCUUUAAUUUAAAAAAUAUUUGAACUCUAGUGUGAACAGUGAUGUGGUAAACCUGAGUUUCCAUGCACUACGGAUGUCCAGCCGAGGUUCUGAACCUUUUUCAGAGUGCAUUGUGAAGCCAUGUAUUUGUGAAAUAAUAAACAUAUUCUCUGAAGCUUUGCCUGAAACAUGUUUUACUUCCUGCAUAAUGUAUAACAAUUCAAAACAUGCUUCCGUCCCUUGAACUAUACUUUUCCUAUGAGCUCAAAAGUUGCCCGCUUUAUUCAUUUCAUAAUUUAAUUAAAUGAAUAUCCCUUGCUCCCAUACACACUGAACAAAUGUAUAAAUGCAGUAACAUGUAAAGUGUUGGUCCCAUGUUUCAUGAGCUCAAAUAAAAGAUCACAGAAAUUUACCA